AUGUCUGCCGAUACUGCAACUCCAAUCACCGCUCCCACAGAUGUCUUUGCGCAACCACAGGGAAUGCGCAAGAAUGGCAAGCAGUGGCAUGAGCCCAAGACCGCGUUCCGGCCGAAAGCUGGCAACGGCACAUAUGAGAAGAGGCAGGCUGAGCGCGUCGCUAUGGCUGCUGUGAAGGCCAAGGAGAAAGAGAUGAAGGAUGAGAAGGAGGCUGCACGCAAGGACAAGAUCCAGAAUCUCAAGGACAAGCGCGCAAAGAAGGAGGAGCGGGAGAGGUUUGAGAAGAUGGCCGAGACGAUGCAUCGCAAGCGGGUCGAGCGGUUGAAGCGCAAGGAGAAGCGGAAUAAGAUGUUGAAGUCAUGA